AUGCCGGAGGCGAUCUCGGUAUUCCUGGCUGCGGAGAGCGAGGCGUCCCUCGCGGCGCGGCUGGUGGGGCGCGCGACGGAGCCCCUGGACAAGCUCAUCACACGCGUGCGGACGGCGCGCGAGGAGACCGCGCGUUUGACUGAGUUUGACUACGUCGUGGUCAACAGGGCGGGCCAGGUGCAGGAGGCGGCGGCGGCGAUAGCGGGCAUCAUCGACGCGGAGAAGCGCCGGGUGCACCCCCGCGGCAGGGGGCGGUGA